AUGAGUGGAAAUUACACAAUUUUAGCCACCUAUGCGAAGACCACUGGCUUACCAAGAAGCGAUUGCACCAAAAAUGCAUACACUAAUGACGUCUUCAAUCCCAAUUUAGUACACCCGCCUACUGGCCCAUCUGCCCGCGCUUUGAUACGCCUUGGCCAAGUCACUGGCCCUGCAUCCCCUUCUGUUACAGUUAAUCUGCUGCCAUGGCGACUCGACGAAAGGAAGAGCCUCUCUACAGCACAAAAGGGCUUGCCUAAAUUUGAGCAGCUCCAAAGCAUAAGUCGGCCCAAUAGGCCAUAG